CGGCAACCUAUUUCCCUCCCCCUCCUUCAACCUACCGAGCUCCCUCGGGGCGCAUGCGCAGUGGUAGCCUCCCAUCUUUCUCCCAGCCAGAGCCAGAGCCAGAGCCUGAGCAGCAGAAGCAGGAGCAGCUGAUGAUGAGGAGAGAGGGGGAGGCUGGGGGACCUUUUAUUUAUAUUGUUAAAGGGACAGAGCGCUAAUUCCGCCCGGGAUUGGUGUGUGGGGGGGUCGGAGCGAGGAGCCUGAGUUUCUCCCCCCACCCCCAGCCCAGCCAGAGGAUCCCAGAGAGACCCUGGGAGAGAAGGAGAGUUUCUUCCCCCUCUUUGGCCGUCAGAGGAGAGAGAAAGAGACCAAAAGCCUCUUAGCAGCGCAGACCCUUCUUCUGCCUCUGCUGCUGCUGCUGCUCGGCCCUGGCUGGAGACCCCUCAGCACACGCACACGGAGGAGCAGCAGCCAGUUCACCAGCCCCCCCUCCCCUCCUCCCCCUUUAUUACCCUUUGUGUGUGUCUCCUUCUGCACUGCUCCAGGCCGGGGAAUAAAAGUGGGGUGCAGCCAAGUUUGGUGGGAUGCAUCUGGAAGAAGUUCAUUUUAAAAUGUCUUUUUCCCCGCAACAAACAUAUCAAUUAAAUGCUUUACCUACUCAUUGAUAUAACUUUGGGAGCUUCAUCUAUUGUCUUGUUGUUCUAAAUACAUGGUGCCUGGAGCUCUUAAUGCUGUGAGAUUAUAUCAAGUACCACAAAUCAGAAAUGAAUGCUUUUUUUAUAAUUAUCCGUACAAUGAAGGAAAAGCAUGAAGUCAUAGAGCACUUGAACACUGAUUCUCAUUGAGAAUGUCGAUUAUUGGAUGUAUAAGAGUUGGAGAGCAUAUUGUUUACAGUGAAGAUCUUUUAAAAUCUGCUUUUUAGACAGCAACGGAAGAAGAGGUGUCACCGUGAUAAAAUAGACAAGAAAGAAAACAAGGAGGCCUUUCUCAGCAUUAUAACACUAAUUCUUUCUAAGGGUCCAGUAAACCACCAAAGGUUGGUGGAUUUUUUCCACCAGCUUGCCUAAAUUGAGCUUGGAAUGAACAGGAUGAAUCUACCCACGUUCAGUCUAAACCUUAGCAAGGAAAAAGAUUGUUUUAUUGGAGUUGUGGAGUCAUGAAAGAAUCACAAGAAGAAACAUUGGAUAAUGAAUGGAAGAUAAAGAGAAAGCAAAAAGAAUGUGGCAUCUAAAGGGUAUAAUAUCUGGAGAUAUUGGCUCUGACUCAUAUAUGUAAAAAUGAGACUAGCUCUCAUAAAAUACAAGUUGUCUUAGAUGGUCAUCAAGCUUGGAGUCAUGCUGUUGAACUAGAAAUUAAUUCCCUCCCUUUCUGACAGGUAACAGAGGACUGGUGAAUUAUGAUUUUCCAAAGUUGGAAGCACUCAUUUUUACCCGUGUAGUUAAUCCUUAUGAAUACAUAAGGUAAACAUUGCAUAUUUAAUGUGGAUUAUAAUGGGAUACUGACUCAUUAACAAAAAAUGGCAGAUUUUAAGGACUUGGUUUCAAAUUGAACCGGAGCCUCCAAUGCACUUUGUACAAUCUGGGGAAAGCUGUACUGAAUGGCCUUCUCUUGAAGGCCAUGAUGACAUGUAAUAAAAAGAUAUCAUCUUACUGUUGAUAUCUUUGAAGAGUCAUAAGCAGAAGCAGAAAAAUGAAUGGAGGAAAGGAGUGUGAUGGAGGGGACAAGGAUGGAGGGCCACCAGCAGUACAAGUUCCAGUUGGUUGGCAACGUCGGAUAGACCAGAAUGGAGUGCUCUAUAUCAGUCCCAGUGGAUCUUUAUUAUCCUGCUUGGAGCAGGUGAAGACUUACCUGUUGACUGAUGGAACAUGCAAGUGUGGCUUAGAAUGUCCUCUUAUCCUCCCCAAGGUAUUUAAUUUUGAUCCUGGAGCUGCUGUGAAACAGAGAACUGCUGAAGAUGUAAAAGCAGAUGAAGAUGUCACCAAGCUAUGCAUUCAUAAACGAAAAAUUAUUGCUGUGGCUACACUCCAUAAAAGCAUGGAAGCGCCUCAUCCUUCACUCGUUCUGACUAGUCCUGGAGGGGGAACAAGUGCAACGCCAGCAGUUCCUACUCGAGCAGCAACUCCAAGAUCAAUGAGGAAUAAAUCACAUGAAGGAAUUACAAAUUCUGUGAUGCCAGAAUGUAAGACUCCUUUCAAGUUAAUGAUAGGGGCAUCAAAUGCCAUGGGUAGGAUUUAUGUACAAGAAAUGGCUGGAAGCCAGCAACAAGAACUUCAUUCUGUCUAUCCCAGGCAGAGAUUGGGCAGUAAUGAACUUGGGCAGAAGUCUCCGUAUCGUGGCAGUCAUGGUGGAAUGCCUAGUCCAGCUUCAUCAGGAUCACAGAUAUAUGGAGAUGGCUCAAUCUCUCCUAGGACUGACCCACUUGGAAGCCCUGAUGUUUUCGCACGAAAUAAUCCCAGUUUUCAUGGAGCACCCAACUCUAGUCCUAUACACAUGAACAGGACUCCUUUAUCUCCACCUUCAGUAAUGCUACAUGGUUCUCCAGUACAGUCAUCCUGUGCAAUGGCUGGAAGGACUAAUAUACCUCUUUCCCCAACCUUGACCACAAAAAGCCCAGUAAUGAAAAAGCCCAUGUGUAAUUUUUCAGCUAAUAUGGAAAUACCACGAGCAAUGUUUCACCAUAAACCACCCCAAGGCCCACCUCCACCUCCUCCACCUUCUUGUGCUCUUCAGAAAAAGCCAUUAACAUCAGAAAAGGAUCCGCUUGGCAUACUUGACCCUAUUCCUAGCAAACCAGUGAAUCAGAAUCCUGUUAUCAUUAACCCAACUACUUUCCAUUCAAAUGUCCACUCUCAGGUACCUGUGAUGAAUGUAAGCAUGCCUCCUGCCGUUGUCCCUUUGCCAAGUAAUCUCCCUUUGCCAACAGUAAAACCUGGUCACAUGAACCAUGGAAGUCAUGUACAAAGAAUUCAGCAUUCGGCUUCAACCUCACUGUCUCCUUCACCAGUGACAUCCCCUGUUCAUAUGAUAGCAUCUGGGAUUGGAAGGAUUGAGGCUUCUCCCCAAAGAUCACGCUCAUCUUCCACGUCAUCAGAUCAUGGAAAUUUCAUGUUGCCUCCAGUAGGACCACAGUCAUCCUGUAGUGGUAUUAAAGUUCCUCCCAGAUCACCAAGAUCAACAAUAGGGUCACCAAGACCAUCUAUGCCAUCAAGCCCUUCUACCAAGCCUGAUGGACUUCAUCAAUACAAGGACAUCCCUAACCCAUUAAUUGCUGGAAUGAGUAAUGUAUUAAAUCCUCCAAGCAAUGCAGUUUUUUCUACUGCAUCAGCUGGAAGUGGUCCCUUAAAGAGUCAGCCUGGUUUGCUGGGAAUGCCUUUAAAUCAGAUCUUGAACCAGCACAAUGCUGCCUCUUUUCCAGCAAGCAGUUUACUCUCAGCAGCAGCCAAAGCACAGCUAGCAAAUCAAAAUAAACUUGCUGGUAACAACAAUAACAGCAGUAGCAAUUCUGGAGCUGUUGCCGGUGGUGGCAACAAUGAAGGACAUAGCACUUUAAAUACCAUGUUUCCUCCUACUGCCAAUGUUCUUCUACCAACAAGUGAAGGACAAAGUGGUCGAGCAGCACUAAGAGAUAAACUGAUGUCUCAGCAAAAAGACCCUUUAAGAAAAAGAAAACAGCCAACUACAACAGUGCUGAGUUUGCUUAGGCAGUCUCAGUUGGAUAGUUCUGGAGUUCCUAAGUCUGGAUCUGAUUUGAUAAGAAAGCAAAGUCAAGGUUCAUUUCCCAUCAGUUCAAUGUCCCAGUUACUUCAGUCCAUGAGUUGUCAAAGCUCUCACAUGAGCAGCAAUACUACCACUGGUUGUGGGAGCUCAAAUACUGUUUUGCCUUGCUCUUCUAACCAGAUGCAUUUUACAGACACCAAUAUGAACUCUGGCACUCUUCAGAAUUCAUUGACACACAGUUUAUCUUUAAGAGGAGAAGGUAUGCACUGCCAGAAUGCAAACACUAAUUUUGUUCAUGGUACUAGCCCAGGUCCAAACAACCAUCUUGCAGGCUUAAUAAAUCAGAUGCAGGCUAGUGGGAACUGUGGGGUGCUCAGUCAGUCAGGAAUGGCUUUAGGAAAUUCAUUACAUCCAACACCUCAGUCAAGAAUCCAAGCAUCCUCCAUGCCAGUGAUACCAAACAGCAUUGUUAGCAGCUGUAAUCAAACAAGUCCUGAAACAGGGAAUUCAGGACCGUCAGGACCAUCAUCAUCCAUAGCCAUAGCUGGCACCAGCCAACCUGCCAUCACAAAGACAACAUCGGUUCUUCAAGAUGGUGUUAUAGUCACCACUGCAGCUGGAAACCCACUUCAGAGCCAGCUGCCCAUUGGGAGUGAUUUCCCUUUUGUUGGCCAUGAACAUGCACUUCAUUUUCCACAAAACAGCUCUUCAAACAACAAUCUUCCGCACUCUUUGAAUCAAAACAUCCUCAGUUCUCUACCUAUCUCUUUGCCAGUGAAUCAACAACAUCUCCUAAACCAGAAUCUAUUAAAUAUACUACAGCCUUCAGCAGGAGAAGGCAAGUCUGAGGUCAACCUCAACCCUUUAGGUUUUCUCAACCCGAAUGUAAAUGCUGCUUUAGCGUUUCUCUCCAGUGACAUGGAUGGACAGGUAUUACAACCUGUUCAUUUUCAGCUUCUAGCAGCCCUGCUUCAGAACCAAGCCCAAGCAGCUGCCAUGCUUCCCCUACCAUCUUUCAAUUUGACCAUCUCAGAUUUGUUGCAACAACAGCAAAAUAACACUUUACCCUCAGUAGUACAGAUGACAGCCCCACCAGACCAUUUGCCAAGCAAUCAGUCAGACAGCAACAGAGCUGAGACCCUUUUAACCAACCCCCUGGGGAACCCUAUGCCAAGCUUUUCAGGUACUGAUACUACUUCCAACCCCCUGCUCCUCCCAGCUGUCACUGGGGCCUCAGGAUUAAUGGCCUUGAAUCCCCAGCUGGUGGGAGGUGUCCUGAACUCUGCAUCGGGCAACACAACUAAUCAUCCAGAGGUUUCCAUAGCAACCUCCUCCCAGGCAACCACUACCACAACCACUACAUCAUCAGCAGUGGCAGCACUGUCUGUCUCAACACUUGGUGGGACAGCAGUGGUGUCAAUGGCAGAAACAUUGCUGAACAUAUCUAAUAAUGCUGGGAAUGCAUCUGGUCCAGCUAAACUCAACAGUAACUCUGUGGUGCCACAGCUACUUAACCCUCUACUGGGGACAGGUCUACUUGGUGACAUGUCAUCAAUAAACACUACUCUGAAUAACCAUCAACUGACUCAUCUCCAGUCACUGUUAAACAACAAUCAGAUGUUUCCUUCAAAUCAGCAGCAACAGCAGCUUCUCCAGGGGUAUCAGAAUAUCCAGGGAUUUCAAGGGCAGCCCCCAAUUCCUGGACCAGCUAGCAACCCAAACCCCAUGGCAUGUCUGUUUCAGAAUUUUCAGGUGAGAAUGCAGGAAGAUGCUGCCCUCCUAAACAAGCGAAUGAUCACUCAAAUGGGGAUGACACCAAUUCCUGAGACUUCCAACACUACACUUCCUCCUUUUCAAGAAACGUCUUGUGAUUUGCAGCAAAGAACUGAACCACCUCUAGGACAACAAGCAAAGGAUAACCUCAACGCAGCUGCUCAGGGUGAUACUUCGGUGGAUGCUAUCUACAAAGCAGUUGUUGAUGCUGCAAGCAAAGGAAUGCAAGUAGUAAUCACCACCGCAGUUAGCAGUACAACACAAAUGAGUCCCAUUCCAGCUCUGAGUGCCAUGAGUGCCUUCACAGCCUCAAUUGGUGACCCAUUAAACCUUUCUAGUGCUGUCAGUGCAGUUAUCCAUGGAAGAAACAUUAGCGUUUCUGAUCAUGAAGGUAGGAUAAGAAACACUAGAGGAACGAGAAUACUGAAGAAUUCAGAACAUAGUAAAAAUUUAACUGAAGGGGAUGUAUUUGAGUAUUACAAAGCAACAACUUGCAACACACCCAAAAAACAGUGGGAAGGGGAGCAAAGCCCUGGAGGUGAGAUAAAUAGAUGGAAGUGUGAUGAAUUUUUAGAUCAUUCAGCUCAUAUCCACAGCAGUCCUUCUCAUGAAAGGCCCAAUAACAUUUCCACACUGCCAUUAUUACAAGGUGAGCAGCAUCAGAUACUGUUGCCACAGCGAAACUGUCAAACUGAUAAAAUAUUGGAGGAGAAUUUCAGGUAUAAUAAUUACAAGAGAACUAUGAUGAGUUUUAAGGAGAGACUGGAGAACACUGUGGAACGAUGUGCACACAUAAAUGGAAAUAGGCCUCAACAAAGUAGAGGGUUUGGAGAGUUGCUGAACACUUCUAAACAAGACCUAGUCCUGGAGGAGCAAUCUCCAAGUUCCUCAAAUAGUUUGGAAAGUUCUCUAGUUAAAGACUAUAUCCAUUAUAAUGGAGAUUUUAAUGCCAAAAGCAUUAAUGGGUGUGUGCCUAGCCCUUCAGAUGCUAAAAGCAUCAGUAGUGAAGAUGACCUAAGGAAUCCAGAUUCCCCUUCUUCAAAUGAGCUGAUACAUUAUAGGCCGAGGACGUUUAACGUUGGCGACUUGGUCUGGGGCCAAAUCAAAGGACUGACUUCAUGGCCUGGAAAAUUAGUAAGAGAAGAAGAAGUUCACAAUUCAUGUCAACAAAACACUGAGGAGGGGAAGGUCUGGGUAAUGUGGUUUGGUGUUCAUACCUUCACUCAGGUGGAGCCAGAGAAGUUGAAGACACUAACAGAAGGUCUGGAAGCCUACAGCCGAGCCAGGAAAAGGAACAGAAAAAGUGGGAAGCUAAAUAACCAUUUAGAAGCUGCUAUUCAUGAGGCCAUGAGCGAACUAGACAAAAUGUCUGGGAAUGUCCACCAAAUCCCACAGGGAGACAGACAGGUGAAGCCCCCAAAACCCAAGAGGAGGAAGAUCUCUAGAUAACAUUGAAUGUCUUUGUUGCUGGUCCAGUACUUAUCAAAAUGAACAUGCACAUAAAUCUUUAUAUAGGUAUUGAUAUAGAUGUAAUUAUAUCAAUAUUUAUAUUGAGACAGAUAGACACCAUCACAGGGUGCUAAAUGAAAUAGUGGUACAAUAUUUUUGUUGAUCAAGAGGGAUAGUUAUUGCUGGAUAAGCCAAUCAGAAUUCUUGAAAGGUUACAGUAACAAUGUCAGAUGAUUACUGAUUUUUUUCUAUAAUACUAAAAUUGUGAUUAUAAGAAAUAGUCCAAAUGUUUCUGAGAAAUUUUCAUUGUGUAUAUAGAUAAUACAGAAUUUCAUGGUGAUAUCUGAAAUGUAAAUAUUGUACAAUAUUGUCAUGUACAAGCGUACCUAAUGCACACUUUAUCUUUUAUUGUACAAAAAAAUAGUGUACAAAAUUCUUUGGUUUCUAUUGAGUACACAUACAAGAGACUACCAGUGUAAAGUGAUAAAUAAAAAUACAGCCUAAAUGCUUUUAUAUGAUAAUGUAAAAGAUGCUGUUUUUGUAUUUAACAGCAGAGAAAAGGCAUGAUUAUGUAAUACCUUAAUUAUGACAUACACUUCACACCACUGAGUGUUCAUUUAUAUUGUCUGUUUGGAAUGAACCUUGCCUGGAAGUACUGUACUCCAUUUCAGGUCUCUGUAGGAGAGUGCAACCUUGCAGAUUCCUAAAGGGAUGUGGGAUCACAGGUCUAAUUAAGAAUUCAAAAGCUGCAACUAUUGGUUGCAUUUUUAUUUACUUAAGUUUUAAAGUAGAAUGCUGUAGAUUUUAUUACAAAAUUUAGAUGGAAUAUUUUAGUCAGCCAUUUUUAUAGUUGAAGAUUGAUAGCCACCUGCUAAACUAAACCAUUUGUAUCAUCAGUAACUUUAAACCCUCAAAAAAUCCUUAGGCUUCUUAGCUUACGUUUAAUCAAUUAAAUAUUCAUUUUAUGUAUAUGGGGACUAUGGCUCGAUUCUGAAAUCAUUAUAAGUGUUAAGGUUGAUUACAGUUUGAUUUUGCAGUAAAAUAAAAGGGCCUAUUCCAGUGUUUCUAAAAAAUAAUGUUAGCAUCCAUCUUACAGUAUUAAUAACUAGAUAUUAAAGGUGGCUUACAAAAUUAUUAGUAACAAUAAUUUUUAUCAGUAUUAUGUAACAUAUCAGAUUUAUUUUAUUUAAGAAGAAUUAUUUAUACCAUUAACAGAUUCUUAUAUAUAUUAAUGUGGCUGAAAUGUGCAGGUUAAAUCUAUUAACCAAAUUAUUUAUGUUAUAUUAAGUGAACAAUGUGAAACAUAUGUAGAAAACAAUACUCUAAAAAUAUUCAAAUCUAAAACUAUGAGCCAUUGUAAAAAAACAAGGUUAAAAGGAAGUGUAGCGCAACAGCAUUUCAAUGUUCUUUUUUCGGUGGUGGUGGUGAUGGCAGCAGCAGUGCACAUCGUCUUCCAGGCUACCCAAAGUAACUUAUCCCACCAUGCCUGGUCCCAGGAUGGAGCCCUUAACUCCCAACUCUUCAUCUGGGAGCCACCAUUUUUUGACACUUUUUCCUUGAAGUGGCAAAUUUACAAAGACUGUUAGUAAUCAGCAUUCUGUAGGGCUGAUAAUGUUGCCACUCUCCUGAUAACUGAUAGUUGGCACUUGUUCAAGGAGUAACUCUUCCUCUCACCAUUCACUUUCCCCUUAGCCCAAAAUCCUUUAUCUGCCCGGCAUGGUUUUGACCCAGAGGACAGAGACCUGAGGACAUCCCCAAACUCAGCUCUCCUGUGCCACAGCACAAAGCACUACCACUGGGCUAAUCUACUUUUUCAUGUCUCAUACAGACAGCUCUUAUUCCUUUUUUCCCCCACCCCAACCUGAUGGAAUGCAAUUAGCUACACUAAGCUACAGUGGCCUGGAGGCAGGAACCCUUCCUUCUACUGGGUAGGUUCAUUUGUCUUUCGUGUAAUGGCAGGGUGGCCUGCCAUGGUCCUACAUGCAAACUCAUGUGAAGUGAUUUUUUGUGUAGUUUAGUUGACACUUUUUUGUUACAAGUUGAUGUGUUUGUUACGUUUAAAGAGUUAAUGUUGUCCAUUUUCCGUACCAGCCUGCUUUUCUGCUGUUUUGUCUAUACUGAUGUUUUUUAUUCAUAAAUACAUGUGUGUGUGUGCGUGUAUGCGCGCGUGUGUAUGCGUGUGUGUUCAUAUUUAGUUUGGUUUUUACCUUUUGCUUUUCUGUCCUAAAACUGAGUUUGUAUUGACCAAUCCUUCUUUUUGGCAUUUUAACUAAUUAGGUUUGUACUUUCUCACCAAUGUAUACUUUACAUUAGUAGACUAUGUAAAGUAUUUUUGUGCACUUGAUUUCAUUGGUUAAUAAUGGCAUUGAUGUGGGUGCUAGGAGUAGUUUAUUUCAGUCCAUACAGAUUUUUUUCUCUUUUAGAGUUUUUAUGGUUUCAUGUAAGCAGUUAAUGUAAAUAUUGUGAGCAUUACAGGUCAUGCAGUGUUGUAACAUUUUAAAAAAUGUUGCACCUACUUUACAAUUAAAAAACUGGUCACUCAUACUUGAA